GCCGGGCCUUCAGUCAGUCGGAAACGUCGCGAAUCGCUAUAAUCAGUCGGAAACGGAAAGUGCACAAGAAGAGUUAAAAAGUGUUAACAAAGAAAGAAAACAGGAAUACCAUUGCAGCAAAGCUCAGAAUGAAAACCGGAUAUGGAUUAAACACAGGAGAUUCGCUUGGAUAUUUAGGAUAUUCUUCAAAGCCAUACUCAUCGUUGCCGUACAGUGGGAACAGCGGAAAAGGAUAUUCUUCACUGACCAGUGGAUUAAAAUCGUCGAAAUAUGCAGGCGACAAGGAUACCAUUUCCGGAAGAGUGAAGAAAUCGAAACCCAGGAAACUUUCUGCAUCGGAGAAAAUCGAUACCCCGCUGUAUAAAAAGAAAACGUUCGAUUUCACGGAUUAUGCCUACCGCGAGGCCGUAAAUCGCCUAAAGUUUCUCCUGACGGAAGCCUACGAACCGACAAAGUUGGCCACAUCGAUCUAUUACCGGCGGUCCGGAGAUGAUGGCAAAUCAGAGGCAUCAGACAGUCAGUCCGUCAUCGAGCGCCCGUCGCUCACGGAGGUGUCCAAAUAUUUCAACCAUGGAACCGUCUCGCGGUAUGGCGGCGUUGGUGGCACAACGUUGGGAACGACGUCACAUGGCGGCAAUGAUAUGGCACUAACGACGGCAGCUGGAGGACGUCGCUACAGUAUGCUGAAUAAAGAUCUCGGCUUAGGGUCGCCUGGUUUGAAGCCAGCUGUUUCGAUGGCCAGUUUGCAUCCGGCACCUUCAGUUUGCAGUGUUUCUCAAAACCUCGAAAUCGCUCAGCCACCUCCUGAACUGUUAGGAUUCAUUGAGAAGCAAGAAACUUACAUCGAGCAGUUAGAGAAAGAGUCUCAGUAUUGCAGGGAAGAACUUUCGACGUUGCUGAAAAAAGUGAAAGAUGUUGUUUCCGAAAACGAAGCCCUUACAGAUCGUGCACGUUCGAAAGCUUUAUACCAGGUGGAUUCAUCCGAGAGCGAGGAUCUGGAUCUCGAUCGACUGCGCGAUAAAGGAAAACUUUCCGGGCCGAAUAUCGUCUUCGAGUCAAGGAUAAGCGAACUGGAAGCUCAACUUGCACAGUCCCAGAUCGAUCUUAAGAAGUUGUUCAACGAAAAUGAAGAAAAUAAACGCAAACUGGUGCACGGUUCUAGCGAUGCUAACUGUACCGAUGUCUACCGGAAGCAGGUGGAAAAUUUGCAAAGAGACAAGCAAAGCUUGGAAGAAAGUGUCCGUAAGCUCCAGCUGACCAUCGACCAGCUGAAAGAUUCCGAGGCAUCUAGCUUCAACAAAUCACAACGAAGUCGUGAUAUGAUUGAGCAGGUUGCCUUCGAGCGUAAUCAGGGGGAAAUAGAAAUUCGACGGUUGAAAGACGAAUUAGAGCGACAACAUGAGCGCGUUAGAGAGGUGCAGCACGAGAUGGCCAAGCGUAUUGCCGAGGAACGUUCCAACGCAGAGAGGCGUUACACCUUCCAGGUGGAUCAGCUGGGUGGAGAUUUGAGCAGCCAGUGGGAGCAGUCUACUAAACUGCAGCUGGAGGUUGAACGUAUGAGACGGAUCGAGUCGGAUUACAAGCGGGAAAUCAACCAGAAGAACUCCCAGCUCGACGAGUUGAAGCUUGAACUGAAGAACAAAACGGCCAUAUUUAUGUCCGAUCUCAACCAAGCUAGUGCAGAGAAACAAUCGCUGGAACAGGAAAUAACUUCGUUGAGGCUUCAACUGGAACGUGCCGAACGUCAAACAAAAGUCGAAGUAUCGCGCCUGACAGCCGAAUGCACUUCCCUGCGUCAACGUCUCGAUCGAGCGGACGCCGAUUUGCUCCACUCGAAGCGCGAAAACCUUAAACUAAGCGACGAUAUUGCUUCCCUGGAGAAAGAGCUAACGUUGGGAGACCUAAACAAGGAGACUCGUCCUUCCAAGGAGCUCGCCAAGAUAAUCGCCGACAUGGAAGCUAAACACGCUUCCACCGUGUCAGAGCUCGAGGGCAUGGUUCAAGAUCAGAAACAGCUCAUGGAAAAACUAACUGCAGAAUGCAAAAGCUUAACCCACAAAUUAGAGGACACCACACUGAGACAUAAAGAUGAGAAAAAAGAGCUAAGGCAAACCAAUAACGAGCUGAUGGAACGCUUGAAGCAACUUUGGACAAACUACAAAGAAAUUAGUCCGGUAUUCCAGAAGCGAAAGUGCAGUGCCGACCACUUGGAAUCGGAUUCUAAUCUGUCCACAGGCUCCAAUCACGAACCCGCCCAGGCUCCAAAAGCAUAUCCCGACCGGGUAGCACAGCCACAAACUAUCCAGCACCCAGAUCUAUGCAGCCAAACGAAGACACCACAAUCCGUUCACCGUCUAACGCAACAAAAACAUCACGGCCUGACUCACAAUCAUCAGACCGACAACAAUACCCAAGCACAAAACAGCAACCACCACCAGAAUUGUCUCGAAACAAUUCGGUCACCGAUUAUGCUACAGACUCCAAAGGCAACAAGUACGCCGAUGAAAAACGAAGUGACUCCCGCCUCUCACGAGCAUCGGUAUCCAAUGAGGACUCUGCCUCGAAGCUGCAAGGAAAGGAGUCGGAGUUUGGACGUGCUGACACAGAACGAGUAUCGCGAACCAGCGACAACGUCGUUAAACCAGACGGCACCGGCAGCAGUGGACGCUUGUCUCGAGAAUCGGUACGGGGCAGUGAACGAGCAUCUCGACAGUCGGUUAGAUACCCCCAACCAGAGUAUGGAUCAGAAGCCCAGGACCAGUAUCAACCAUCAGCCGCCGUCGAUCCCUACGCCACACAACCGGCAGAUAUGGAUCAAUCCUAUGCACAAUCCGCAGAUCAGCAAUACCAACAGCCUAACGAAGGGUACGACGAGAAUGCCGGGUAUGACAACUCACAGUAUGAUCCCUCACAGCAGUACGACCAGAGUCAGUAUGACACAGCAGGAUACGCAAACCAGCAAUACGUACAGGAAUCAUACGACCAGCAAGCCUACGAUCACCAACAGUACCAGGAUUAUCAACAACCAUAUGAUGCACAGCAGUACACCACUGAGCAAGUAUAUGAUGAAUCCAGUUACCCCGCUGGAAGCACACAGUCCCCAACACAGCAACAACAACAACAACAGCCACAGCCAUCGCUUGCACCAGCACCAUUACCCGCAGCCGCAUCCGUCCCACUGGAACAAAAUGAAAGCAAUCGAAAUGUGGGCUACUCACGGACAGGUCGAGGACCAGCAUCAAACACGAACCCAACCUCCGGUAGCGCAAACAACGGAACGAAGCAAUCUCAAUACAAAUCAACAACAGGAGCAGCUAAUAAGUAAUCCACCAGGAUGUUAUAGCUUGCCACGCCAGUUGCCAGAGAGUUGCCACUUUAAGCCUAUCGAUUCCUACCCUAGCCUCAGCAUCAGUAGUCCCAGUCUUUUCAACACUAGUCCUGAAACGAGCCUGACUCCGUCGCCAACGACGACGGUGCUGAACAACUAUAACAGUGCUAGUCCCAAUCUCUAAUACCUACCACUCUAUAUGGAAACGCUUUACAGAAUAAAAACGUCAUAGUUUUCAGCUUCAGUUUAACUGUUUCUAAACUGUGACCCAAAGAUGGGUCUUGACUCAAACAUUCAGUCAGCGAAACUUUUUUUUUGUAGAGAAAUGAAUCCAACUUAGAUGAAAUUUCAGGGACUAGAUAAGGGAAAAUUGAUGUUGAAAAACAUGCGAAAAAAAAU